AGAAGACGACAAAGCAGCAUCAGCAGCAGCAGAACACCCAAACAAACUGUAGACAAUGAACCCGAAUAUGACUUUCGAUAGGAAUAAUUUCUGUGUUAAGGUUUUACAUUGACGGUGACAAUGAUUUCAGUGAGCUACAUCCUUUUGUGCGGACAGUUCUUCUUGUUAGUAUCGGUAAUUCUUUUGCAAUGUUUGGAGGGGAUCCACUCCCAAAACUCCACAUCUGAUCCUGCUACCGCCUCCACCGGCGCUCCUGCCUCGACAGUCAUUCCUUUCACCGGACAGAUCCCCGAUAUUGUCAAAUCCGAAUUACCAGUGGACAGUAGGAAUUAUACAGACGCGUUUGAGUACAGAGCUCAGUCACCAGUCGUCCUCUGCAAGUAUUUACCAGAGGAGUUCAUCUACUGUCAAGACCCUGUAGACCAUGCUGGAAAUCACAGUGCCUUUCUGGACAUGGGUCAUGGCUGUGUUGGGUGGGGAGGCCAGACUCAGAAAGAAGUGAACCACACACAGGUUAUCUGCACUGCACUUGAUGAUAUUGAGUGUGCUGGGCAGAGAGAAUUCCUCAGAGGGAAUGUACCUUGCAUCAAAUACACCGGACACUAUUUCAUCACCACUCUGCUGUACUCGUUCUUCCUCGGUUGUUUCGGGGUCGAUCGUUUCUGCCUGGGUCACACAGGGACAGCAGUGGGGAAGUUGCUUACACUUGGAGGCCUGGGAAUCUGGUGGUUUGUGGAUUUGAUCCUGCUUAUUACUGGUGGCUUGAUGCCAAGUGAUUACAGCAACUGGUGUACUUACUACUGACCGGGAGCGCAACCCCUGAUUGGAAGACUUCUCAGAAGCGGGAAAACUCCAGAGAUGUCAAGGCUGCUGACAAAUACUGAGUUUAUUCUGUUAUCCAUGUAAAUUAAAUGUUGUUUGGACUGGCAGCUCUCACCUGGAAGAAACACAAUUUCGUGUUAAUUCUUUAUAUAAUAACACAAUCAGAGUAUUUGAGCUCUGGUCCUGUGUUUAUGUUACAAGUACAGUUAGUGAACAUGUUAAGAUUUUUGUUUUCAUCAUUUGUGCAAAAAGCAAAGUCAAAUACAUACCAGCUUAAGUAGUCGUACAUUUUCAAGACCUCUAUUAGCCUCUUCUAUUGCAGGCAGAUGUUCACUUACUUCUAUAUAAUUCAAAUUAAUAUAAUAGUCUAUACAAUGGGGAAUUAUUUCAUCCUCUGCUGAUUUUAUAAUUGAAAUGUUUGGAGGAGUCAAGCUGAGGCUUUCACACAUAACUGUCAAGCAUGGUGGUGCUCUGGGAGGGGAUGGGGGCUGUUUUGCUACAGUACUACUAGAGUAGAAGCCCGCUUUUUGUGAGGGGUUACAUUCCAGGGCCAUUAAUGGCAAAAAACCACAAGCAAUUGACGUGUAAGUAUGUAUUUUUGGCACAGCUCGUCGUUCCCUCUCUAAACCCGCCUGCUCGCUUGACGUUGAUGUUCUCUGAUUUCAAUAGUUGCAAAUACAAAUGACCAGAUUUGAUUCAGCUCCAGAGCCCUGCCCUUCUGUCUUCAAUAUGCCUCACAAACGUAUUUUAAAUGAAAAAAUGAUUGAUAAUGUAAGAUGAUCGAUUAACAGAUGGAAUUGGAGAUACGGUGUAAAAGUUGUACAGUAAUACCUCGCCGCUUUGAAUUUCGCGGCUUCACUGUUUUGCCAAAAUAUAUGAAUAAAUCAUGCUGUUUUGUGGUUGAA